AUGUUGUUGCUUUACAACAAGCAGAAGAAAACACACAAGAAAUCCAAGAUUGAUAAUAGGUUCCUCGUUAGCAUCACUUUCUUAGGAAGUGCAGGACCGAUUCGUUUCCUUGUGAAAGAAGAUGAAACUGUAGCAAACGUGAUUGAUUAUGCUUUGAAAUGCUAUGCUCGUGAAGGAAGGCUUCCACUUCUCGGCUCUGAUUCCAGCUUUUUCCUACUUUACUGUCCUUACUCUGCCCCUGAAGCAUUCAAUCCAUGGGGGAAAAUAGGGUCGACCGGAUCGAGGAACUUUGUUCUGUCUAAGAAAUCAGAAGCUGAUCAAAGCCUUGGUGGAGGAUCUUCUGUGGAGUCAACAACAACAAUCCGGAAGAUCUCUGGGAAGUGGAAGGCUUGGCUCAACAAGUAUCUAGGCCUUAUUGUUCCUUCUCAUUAG